AUGAAUAUGUUGGAUGAUGAAGAUGACCAAAGCUUUCACGCUACGCGUGACGGCUACUCCCAUUUGAGCGAUGUCGAAUGGGAUGCGGUUGAACGAAUGGGUUCGACCAUGGGCAUCCAUGCUGUUAGCGUCAUGCUAGAGGCUCUCAAUAGAGAUGCCCAACAUGCUACUAUCGCCAAGUUCAUUCAAAAUGAACUUGACGCAGAACGCGAGAAAGUAGCCUUGCUUCGCCAACAAGGUUCUCAACAAGCAGAGUUGUUGAGAGAACAGGGUGCUCAACAGUUUGAACUGUUGAGACAGCAGCAGGCUGCUGCUGGUGGGUCGAUGCACUCGCGUCGACCCGAAACUUUGAAGAUUGACAUCUCCAAGUAUAGGGGGGUCGAAGAAGACUCCCUCUUGAGAUUGUUCGUCGAAUUGGAUGACGCCAUAAGGGCGCGUCGCAUCGACGACGGGGAUAUGCAAGUUGCAUUUGCCCAGUCAAAUCUGGCAGGACGUGCCAAGACUUGGGCUUUGGGACUCAAGUUGCACGACCCAUAUGCGUUUGGGUCGUUAUAA